UCAGAAAUCUUUACUGAUUGGUCCGAUCAUGCCCUCUGGUGGCCAGAAAAGAACAUGUGGCUGAGCAGAACACGUACAACCUUAGAUCAAUAUGGCGUCCACGCAGACGCACUACUUCAUUUUACCCCAAUGCACAAGACGUUGCGACUACAAUUGCCAGAUUUACGAUAUUUGGAUAUGAGAGUGGACUUUUCAAUAAAAACAUUCUCUACCGUUGGACAAGUGUGCAAGACUUUAGGUAUCCGUCACCCCGAAGAGCUCUCUCUUUGCAAACCGCUGGAGUCAAAUCACCUAAAAUACAACUACAAAGACAUGCCAAAAAAACGACAGCAGGAGAACGGGGUGCACCACAGGAACGGUGGUCAGCCGCCCGAUACCAACACUUUUAUAGCCAACAGUAGUCCGAUUGGCAGCACUGACAGUCUGGAUAAAUCGGCUUUUAUGUGUGCCCCUGUCACUCCGAGGGGGCAACCCCCAUCAUCUACCCCGGUGAACAGUCCAAGUCCAGUGAAUAAUACUUUUAAACGAAACGGUCGCGACCAAUGGAACAACUCUUAUGCCCUAAAUAACACGACGAACCUUGAACAAUUAAACGGCAGUUACGAGAGUUUCUUAGCCCACACUAACCAUCAAAAUAAUGAAUGCAGAAAACAUUUGAUUAGGCCUAAAUCCCUGGUGGAGAAAGCAAGAAUGAAUGUUGCCUGGUUGGAUUCUUCAUUGUCAAUUAUGGAGCAAGGAGUCAGGGAGUUUGAUACAUUAUGUUUAAGAUUUAAAUUCUAUGUGUUCUAUGACUUAAAUCCUAAAUAUGAUGCUGUAAGAAUAAAUCAGAUAUACGAACAGGCCAAGUGGCAACUGCUUAACGAGGAAAUUGACUGUACAGAGGAAGAAAUGCUUCUUUUCGCAGCAUUACAAUUUCAAGUUAACUUGCAAGCUGAUCGUCCGCAACCAGAUAUGGAUAAAACAUCGUCGCCGUCUCCUGCGGAAGACGAUAUAGAAGCUGCCCUGACAAACCUUCAAACCACUUUGGAAGGCUCCAGCCUAAACUCCACCUCCAAUGACAUCACCCAAGUGCCUGAACUUAAAGACCAAUUAAGGUUUUUAAAACCCAAAAGGUUCACACUUAAAGGUUACAAAAAGUACUGGUUCACCUGCCGUGACCUUCAUCUGUACAUCUACAAGAGCAGGGAGGAGAUGAUGCAUGGUGUAAAUCCGGCCUUUGAUUUUAACUUGAAAGGAUGCGAGGUCACCCAAGACGUCAAUAUUAGUCAAAAUAAAUUCGUUAUCAAAUUGGAAGUUCCUAGCCCUGAAGGAAUGUCAGAAAUGUAUAUUAGAUGUGAUGACGAAAACCAAUAUGCAAGAUGGAUGGCCUGCUGCAAAUUGGCGGCAAAAGGUAGAUCCUUAGCAGACAGUUCGUUUGAGACAGAAAAGAAAACAAUUCUGGAUUUCUUAAACCUUCAAAGAAGAACUGGCGGUCCAGCUAUUGAUCCAAAUCAGAUUGAUAUCACUAUUGACGAAUAUAUCUCUCCAAGAUACUUGAAAAAACCGAAAGGAAAACCGCUAAGGUUGGACGUGUUUUAUGAGCUCAGCGAUUUUCGUUCGUUAAAAGAAUAUGGAUCAAAGAAUUUGUAUCCAAUUUUGCUUAAAAAAUUAAAUAAAUUCUGUGAAAUGUUAACAAAGGCCUAUAGUGAGUCUGCUAUAAGUAAAACAAGAGUUUACAAUUGGUAUAAGAGUUUUCAAGAUGGCCGUGAAGACGUUGAAGAUGACGAACGCCCCGAACGCACAAGCACAUGA